AGUCGUAAAGCCGCCAGCUAGGAGAGGAGAUCAUCUGAAGAUCGCUUGAAUUUCGAAACAGACGAAAAUCUGUGUGCAGAGCCAACAAGGAAGACGAAAAUAGCAUCAAAGUCGCUUGGAAAAAUACGCAAAUUUUGUUUUGAAAAAAAUAAAAAGUUACUUGUAGAUUUGUUGGGUUUUCAAUUUGUUUUGCUGUGCCGUCGUCGCCCACGCAUUGACGACUUACGCAAAUUGUCAAAAGAAAAGCAAUUUUCAUGUCUUGCCAAAAAUUUCAGCGUGUGCAAACCAACGAGAGAGUAAACAGCUGCUGUCGCCUACGGCUAGCGGCAAUGUCAGUGAAUUAAAACAACAAAAAUACCACAACAAAAAUAAAUAAAAAAAUCGAAGAAGCUUUCUUCUUUCACGCGUAUCUUGAUCAAGCAUUAUUAAUCUAACAAUAAGUCAAUAAAAUAAACUACUAGUGCGUGAGAUAAAGCAAAAACUUUUUAUAAAAAUCAAAAAUCGAUUCGUUAACAUUGUGCCUUCAAUUGCAUGGGUAAAGUUAUGAGAGUGAAUUCAUUGCCACCGCCUAUCCACAAGUGCCACGCCCACGCUCGCUCCAAGCAACAACAGCAGAAACAAUUGAAAUUGAAAAAAACUGAAAUCUAUUUUAUGUUCAACAAUCUGUGCAAAAGAAAAACUUUAACGGAUUACAGUUUAUUGACACUAAAAAGAAAAUCUGAAAAAGAAAAUACCCAUCAUUAAGUGAAGUUAAAGCAAGCACAUAAAAUCCAAAGAAACAUAAAAACAUUCGUUCAAAGACAUUGUAAAGCUUUACUUGUGCACUCAAAUCAGUCUCAGCAUGGUGGGUGUCGUUGCUGACUCUACGCAGGCUGCGCAGCUGUCGUCUGCCAAGAAUCCCAUGAUCAAGUAUCUGCUGAAGCAGCGCGAGACUCAUGCCAAGACACAGGAUGCGGACUACUCGCACGUGUUUCGCCGCAAGACGCGCUUCGAGCUCUUUCGCCUCUCCGCCAUUGCCAUGGCCAUUGAGUUUGCCUAUGCGGCCGAGACGAGCUUUGUGUCGCCCAUUCUGCUGCAGAUUGGCAUCGAUCACAAGCACAUGACCAUGGCCUGGGGUCUCUCGCCACUCAUUGGCUUCUUUGUAUCCCCGCUGCUGGGCAGCAUCAGCGAUCGCUGCAAGCUGCGCUGGGGUCGUCGUCGCCCCAUCAUUUCUAUUCUCUCCUUUGGCAUCUUUCUCGGCCUCAUACUCGUGCCCUAUGGCAAAGAGCUGGGCGCCUGGCUGGGCGAUGAGGGCUAUAACUACACCGCAAUGGCGCUUAAUAGUAGCUUGGACAGCAUCAGCGACGGCACUGCCGCUGUGGCGGCUCUGGUUGCCGGCGAGUCGCCAGCAGGUCCCUCGGCUAGCAAUUUUAAGUACGCCGUUAUUUUGACUAUAUUGGGCAUGGUGCUGCUGGAUUUUGAUGCGGACACCUGCCAGACACCCGCACGCACAUACCUGCUGGAUAUGUGUCUGCCCGAGGAGCAGCCCAAGGCGCUCACAAUGUUCACGCUGUUUGCAGGCUUUGGCGGCACCAUUGGCUACGGCAUUGGCGGCAUCGACUGGGAGCACACACAAAUCGGAAACUUUCUGGGUGGCAACAUACCCACAGUCUUUAGCCUGGUGACCAUUAUCUUUGUGGUCUGUUAUUUCAUAACCGUUUUGACCUUUCGCGAGAUACCUCCUUUGAUCUCAUGGAACGCUUGAUUGAGCUGCUUGAAUAACAAUGCCGUCUACUACAUACAGGAGACCUCCACGCUCGAGCAGCAAAUGCAGGCGAGCAACAAGAGCACUGAAGCACUCCAGGGCAGCUAUCAGAACAGCUACUUGCCCACGUUGCCGGCCAAGAGCGGACUGGAUGUGGAGACAUCCACAUCGGAGCCCGAGCCGCCGGUUUCGCUGCGCGCCUAUUUGAAGAGCAUCUUCAUCAUGCCCUACUCCAUGCGCAUGCUGGCGCUGACCAACCUCUUCUGCUGGAUGGGUCAUGUCACCUAUUGCUUGUACUUUACGGACUUUGUUGGCGAGGCGGUGUUCCACGGCGAUCCCACAGCAGCGCCUGGCUCGGAGAAGGCCAUGCUCUAUGAAGCCGGCGUGCGCUUCGGCUGCUGGGGCAUGUCCAUCUACGCCUUCUCCUGCUCCAUGUACUCGCUGUCCGUGACCAAGCUGAUGAAGUGGUUUGGCACCAAGGUCGUCUAUAUCAGCGGCAUUGUUUACUACGGCGUGGGCAUGCUCAUACUCGGCCUGUGGCCCACCAAGUGGGGCGUUUUGGUCUUCAGCACUUCCGCCGGCAUACUCUAUGGCACGCUCUUCACCUUGCCCUUCAUUCUGGUGGCCAACUAUCACGCCAAGAAUUGUUUCCGUGUGCAUAAUGGCGAGACAGUUCCUCUCAAACAGGCUCGCGGCUUGGGCACUGAUGUGGCCAUUAUUAGCAGCAUGGUGUUCAUAGCCCAGCUCAUCGUAUCGCUCUGCAUUGGACCUCUGGUUGCCUGGAUGGAGACAACUUGCGCCAUUUUGUAUGCCUCAACGGGCUUGUCCUUUGCCGCUGCCAUUGCUGCCUUAUUUGUACUUUACGUUUAGACAAUUACACCGUUAGUAUAACAAUGUAACACAUAUUAAAGUUAAUCAAUUGGGAUAUUAGACAAUAAAGCCAUUUAUGAAUAUCAAAUAAGUUAAGU